AUGGCCAGUAUCGUCACCCUCCCGCUCACCCUUUCCGCCUCCCCCUCAGGCUGGUCCAAGCCCACCGCCGCGAAACCAUCCUCCCCUUCGCAAUUACCUCUUUACCCCGCCGGUCCAUCCUUCAUCUCAGCCGCCCGAAGACAGAUCCUACAAAGAUCUUUCGAGGAGGACGACAAGCACGUUCUCGCUGCUCGAGAGAAGGAGGCUGCCGCCAAGGAAGACAAAGGUGAUGGACUUUCGUACCCUGGUUUAGGAGAGGAAGAUGAACCUCAACAUGUGUUGAAUCAGGAUCCAAAGGAAUGGAAGAAACAGGAUCAUUACGCCGUACUUGGUCUCGGUCAUUUAAGAUAUAAAGCUCAUGAUGAACAUAUCAGAGUUGCUCACCGAAGAAAGGUCCUUAGACAUCACCCUGAUAAGAAAGCUGCUCAACACGGUGCCAACGACGAUUCCUUCUUCAAAUGUAUCCAAAAAGCCCAUGAAACCCUUACUCACCCCGAGAAACGAAAACAAUUCGAUUCCGUCGAUUGGAACAUCGAAGACGAAGUGCCAGAUCUCAAAUCACUCUCACCUGAAGAAUUCGUUGCUACAUGUAACAAGAUCUUUGCCAGGGAAGGUAGAUUCUCCAAAGUUCAACCUGUACCAGAAUUCGGUUCUCUCGAUGCACCUAAAAAGGAAGUAGAAGGGUUCUACGAUUUCUUCUAUAAUUUCGACUCGUGGAGAUCUUUCGAAUGGCAUGAUAAAGAAGUCAACGAGGGGUCUGACAAUCGAGAUGAUAAACGAUUCACAGAAAAGAAGAACAAAUCCGAACGAACUCGAAGAAAGAAGGAAGACAACACUCGACUCCGAGUUCUCGUCGACGACGUCUUGGCUUUGGAUCCUCGUAUCAAACGAAUCAAGGCUGAAGAGAAGGCCGCCAGGGAUGCCAAGAAGAAAGGUGGUGUGAACGGUACUACCCAAAACAAGCCUUUGAGCGCAGCUGAGAAGAAGGCCGCUGAAGAGAAGAAGAAGAAGGAAGAAGCUGAGAAGAAGGAAGCUGAAAGAAAGGCUUUGGAAGCUUCGAAGGGUGAUAGAGAAGCUGCUAAGAAAGCUAAAGAGGCUGCUAGGAAGAAUCUGAAAAAGUGGAAAAAGUCAAUCCAAACUGUCAUCACUUCAUCCAAUUACUUCCAACCCGAAGGUACUUCCCCUUCACCAGCUAUUAUCGAAAAACAAUUAUCCGAACUUGAUUUACUCGUUGAAUUGCUCGAACCUGAGGAUAUCAAAGAUUUGAAAGAGAAGAUUGAAAAAGCAGGAAACGGUCAACCUGCCAAAGCGGUUUUGGCUGAGAAAGCUAUAGCUACUGGUGAGAAAGGGGAAGGUAAAUUCACUGAGUUUGCCUAA